AUGACUCUGCAGGCUUACUUUCUGAACAAAGAAAAAAUUGGGUCCUGUGACCCACCCAGUUUACUGCAUCAGGCAAUGCGGAGCUUGUUGAGAGACAAGGAAGGUACCAUUGCUGCUCUGAGAGACAUUCCCCCAGAACUUUACCCACAACUCUUCCUAGAGGCCUAUGGAUGUAAACACAAGGAUAUCAUGAAGGCCAUGGAUAUAUUGGAUGGAAUUGAUAUUUUACUCUAUGAAAAGAUUCAUCCCAGGUGCAAAUUAGAGGUGCUUGAUUUACGCUACAAGAUUCAGAAAUUCUGGACUCAGUGGUGUGAUAUAGAUGCCAGUAGUGUGGACUCAUCACGAUUCAACAGAGUGGUGAAUGAUGAAAGUUCGAAAAGGAGGCACCAGUCUGCUGCCCUGGAGGUGGUCUUAGAUUUGUGGCUCAUAGAUGGUGAGAUGGAUAAAAUGAGUGCCAUCACUGUUAACUGGGCAAGCGGGAGAAACAACAUCCACCUGUGUGUUCACAAGAUCUACUUUAUUGACAUGCCCAUCCAAGGCAAUGAUCUGCGUUUCAUUCAGCUUGACUGUAUCCAGGAACUAGAAGUUACUCUCAUCACUAAAGAAAUUACGUGUGCAAUGUUUUCACCUUUUCUGGGCCAGAUGAGGAGUAUGCAAAAACUCAUUCUCACUGUUCUGGGUCCUGAGCACAUCAACCCUCAGAACGUGGAGGAUCAGGAGCAGCUCGUCACCCAGCUCUCCUCUCAGCUACUUGGGCUGCACAGACUGCGGGAGCUCUACCUGCAUUGCAUUGUCUUCCUCAAAGGCCAAUUGAACAAAGUCCUCAGAAACCCCCUGCCAGAGCUGCUAGAGAGCUGUGCAUCCACCCUGCAGGAACUGGAUUUAGGAGUGUGUGGUCUCCAGGACAUCCACCUGAAGGCCAUCCUGCCUGGGCUGAAACUCUGCUCCCAGCUCAGGGUCCUGAAUCUUCAUGGGAACUCUGUGUCCAGGGCCACCCUAUUCCAAGUGAUACAUCACCUGGCUGGGCUGCCCCACUUAAUGCUGGAGGUAUAUCCAGCCCCUCUGGAGAGUCUCAAUUCUCUGAACAUGCUUGACCAAUCAACCUUUGAUCUCAUUUGCUCAGAGCUUAUGGAGGUUCUCAAGGACUUAGGAAGCCCCAGGUGCAUCUUGGUUGGAUAUGAUCUCUGUUUGCGCUGUGGUAAGAUUGUCUUCCAGCGGGGCAAGCCCACGUUGAAACUUGUCUGCUGUUUCAGUGCUCAGAUUAAAAAAAUUUUAUUUAAGAAUUUAGAAGAGAAAGGAAUCACAAAUUUUGUGUCAUAG